AUGCAAGCCGAGUCUGAAGCCCCCACGGCCUCUGCAGGGCCCCCCCCGCUGAAGAAGCACAAAGCCGCAGGGGCCACCAAGCUGCAGCAGCCUUUCAAAGCAACGUGGGUCUCCCCUAAAGGCAGCAGCAGCAGCAGCAGCAGCAGCAAUGGCAGCAGCAGCAGCAGCAGCAGCAAAGGCCUACUUCUCAAGGCCAAAAGCCCCUUUGCCCCUGCAUCUUCGCUGAAGUCUUUAAGCCCAAAUGCAGGGGAAAGCCACCGGAGGUCUUUCGGGCCUCCUGCUGCAGCUGCGGAAGAAGCAGAAGAACAUGCAGCAGCAGCAGAAGCAGCAGCAGCAGCAACAGCUGCUCCCGCUGCGACAAUGGCGGCAGCAGCAGCAACAGCUGCAGCAGCGAUAGCAGCAGCAGCCGCCACUGCGCCCAAGACAGCAGCAAACGCUGUUGCUGCUGCUGCUGGAUCUGUGCCCCCCGAAGCAGCCGCAGCACCAGCAGCAGCCACCACCGCAGCGCCAGCAGCAGCAGCAGCAGCAGCAGGGGAUGUAAUAGAUGUGGACGAAGACGAGCUGCCGCUGUGUCCUUUACGCAAAACCCUAAAAAGGGUUUGGGGGUUUUCAGAGUUUCGAAAAGGACAAGAGGAAGCUGUGAGGGCUGUGCUGCAGGGCAAAGACGCGCUAGUCAUCAUGCCCACAGGCGGGGGCAAGUCGCUGACUUAUACGCUGCCUGGGCUGCUGCUGGAGGGCGUUGUGCUUAUUGUGUCUCCCCUCAUUGCCCUCAUAGAGGACCAGCUGCGCCGCUUGCGUGCUCGAGGGCUUGCGGCGUUUUGUCUCAACUCGACGCUGACACCGAAGCAGCGGCAGGAAAUCAUAGGGCGCCUCCUCAACCCUCAGCAGCAGCAGCAGCAGCAGCAGCAGCAACAGCAGCACCAGCAGCAACAGCAGCAGCCGCAGGGGCCCAUUAAGUUUUUGUUUGUGACGCCGGAGCAAAUUGCCACCCCCUCUUUCCAAGGCGUGCUGCGGCAGAUGGAGCAGCAGCGGCAGCAAGUCAAGGAGCAGAGAAAGCAGCAGCAGCAGCAGCAGCAGCAACAGCAACAGCAGCAGCAGCAGCACAAAGGAGGAGCAGGUGUGGCGCUUGUGGCUAUUGACGAAGCGCAUUGCAUUUCCUCUUGGGGUCACGAUUUCAGGGCCAGCUACAGGCGUUUGGGUUUGCUGCGGAGUUUGCUGCCGGAGACGCCGCUGCUGGCGUGCACUGCAACAGCAACAGCAGCAGUGCAGCAAGACAUCUGCAGCAGCUUGAGGCUCCGGCAGCCAGUGCUGGUGCGGCUUUCUUUCAACAGGCCGAACAUUUAUUACGAAGUUCGACUGAAGAUGCCGGAGACGGAGGACGAGGAGGCGCUGGGGUGUACAGACAGGGAGCAGGAAACGGAGUUUGCUGCAGCAGAUUUGGCAAAAGAAAUAAAAAGAAAUCAUUUCAAUGAUUUAGGAAUUGUUUAUUGCUUAAAGAAGACUGACUGCGAGACUCUGGCGCUGCUGCUGAGCCGCGCAGGCGUUGCUGCUGCUGCUUACCACGCGGGCCUUUCUGAGAAGCUGCGGCAGCAAGUGCAGCGCCGCUGGUCCGAGGCCUUCUACCAGGAGUCCGGCCGCGGCGGCCGCGACGGAUUUGCUGCUCGCAGCAUUUUAUAUUUUUCGCCCGCGGACUACCGGCUGCUGCAGUUCGUGCUGCAGCAGCAGCGGGAGCAGCAUGUCGCAGCAGCAGCAGCAGCAGCAGCAGCAGCGGGCGCGCGGCAACCCAAAGACGUGCAGCAAGUCCAAAAAGCUGCAGCAGAGCAGCACGAAAAGCAAAUCCAAAAACUUAAGGCUUGUUUGUCUUACUGCCGCCUCGCGGGCUGCCGCAGGCGCUAUUUGCUGCAGCAGUUCGGCGAAGAGUACACCCCUGCUGCUGCUGCUGCUGCGGGGGCCCCCCCCACUGCAGCAGCAGCAGGAGCAAGCGCUGCUGCUGCUGCGGCUCGCUGCUGCGACAACUGCAGCGACCCAGCAGCAGCUCGCCGCCGCGCGCUGCUGCUCAGCAAGCUGGAGGGGUCUGCUGCUGCUGCAUCAACAGCAGCAAGAAAAACUUUCUGGAGAGAUGCAGCAGACAGCAGAUUGGCUCCCUUAGAAAUUGAGAAGCAAGAAGUGCCUGACGGGGGCCGCCGGGGGCGGGGCCGCGUGGUCUACAAGAACCCAGCAGCAGCAGCAGCAGCAGCAGCAGCAGCGCCGCAGCGGCAAGCGAUCCCCGAAAGCAUUCGCAAGAAAGGCUUGGCAGCUGUUAUGAAAGAGCUCGAGAAACGGGAGCAGCAGCAAGAAAGCAGCAGCAACAGCAGCAGCAGCAAGAAGCACCACGCACUCUUUGCGGAGUUCCGGUCCGCCGCAAAAUUGUCCGCAGCGCCGUCGCCGCCAGCAGCAGCAAAGCCUGCAGCAGCAGCAGCAGCUGCUGCUGCAGCAAGACCAGCAGCUGCUGCAGCAAGACCUCUGAAGACUCUGGGCCUCUGCCGGCCCAUCGGGCUGCAGCGGACUCGCCCCUCGCCGUAG